UGAUUUUUGCCUCCAUUUAUUCUUUAUUGCAGUCUAAAAGUUGGUUUUAAUUGGUUGCCCACAGGAUUGGCUUGGCUUCUGCUACUUGUUAAGAAAAAAACAUCUGUCUUUGCAGAUGGCCGCCUGCGUGUCCCGGGUGGAGCUGUCCGUGUCCUGCCGCAGCCUCCUCGACAAGGACCUGCGCUCCAGGUCGGACCCGCUCUGCGUCCUGCUGCAGGAUGCGGGGGGCGGCCGCUGGGCUGAGCUGGAUCGCACGGAGAGGAUCAAGAACUGCCAAGACCCUGAAUUCUGCAAGAAACUGGUUGUGGAUUACUACUUUGAGAAAGUGCAGAAGCUGAAAUUCGGCGUGUAUGACAUCGAUAACAAGACCUUGGAUUUAAAUGACGAUGACUACCUGGGAGGGAUUGAGUGCACGCUGGGACAGGUUGUGUCCAGCUCUGUGUUCACUCGACCGCUGGAAUUGAAGCCGGGAAAGCCAGCAGGGAAGGGCACUAUUAUGAUUUCAGCAGAGGAGAUUAAAGAUACCAGGGUUGUGUACCUAGAAAUUGAAGCCCAAAACUUGGACAAAAAGGAUUUCUUAGGUAAAUCAGAUCCGUUUCUGGAGUUUUACAAGCAGGGUGAUGCUGGAACGUGGCAGCUCGUGUACAGAUCAGAGGUGAUCAAGAACAACUUAAAUCCAUGCUGGAGGAAGUUCAGUGUUCCCUUGCAGACGUUCUGUGGUGGAGAUUUUAAUAAACCUAUCAAGGUGCAGUGUUUGGACCACGACAGCGAUGGCUCCCAUGACCUGAUCGGUGCGGCGCAGACGACGCUGGCGCAGUUGCAAAGGGCCGGAUCCAGCUCCCCGGUGGAAUUUGAAUGCAUUCAUCCUGAGAAAAAACAAAAGAAAAAGAGCUAUAAAAACUCUGGCAUUAUUAGGAUAAAAUCCUGUAAGAUUGAGACAGAAUAUUCAUUUCUGGACUAUGUGAUGGGAGGCUGCCAGAUUAACUUCACAGUGGGUGUAGACUUCACUGCCUCCAAUGGAGAUCCCAGGUCACCAGAUUCUCUUCACCACAUCAGCCCAGAUGGGAUAAAUGAGUACCUGAUUGCCAUCUGGAGUGUGGGAAGUGUAGUCCAGGAUUAUGACACGGACAAGCUGUUUCCUGCAUUUGGGUUUGGAGCUCAGGUUCCUCCUAACUGGCAGGUGUCUCAUGAGUUUGCUUUGAACUUCAACCCCAGCAACCCUUAUUGCCCAGGGAUCCAAGGAGUAGUGGAUGCCUACCGCCAGAUCCUGCCUCAGAUCCGACUCUACGGGCCAACCAACUUCUCUCCCAUCAUAAACCACGUGGCAAGGUUUGCAGCACACUCCAUGCAACAAGGAACUGCUGCACACUAUUAUAUCUUGCUGAUCAUCACAGAUGGAGAGAUCACUGACCUGGACCAAACCAGGCAGGCGAUUGUCGAGGCCUCCAAGCUGCCCAUGUCCAUCAUUAUUGUGGGCGUUGGCGAAGCCGAUUUCAAAGCGAUGGAGUUCCUUGAUGGAGACAACGGUGUCCUGAAGUCUGUGACAGGAGAGCCAGCUGCACGGGACAUCGUGCAGUUUGUGCCCUUCCGGCAGUUCAGAAAUGCUCCCCGGGAAGCGCUCUCCCAGGUGGUUCUGGCUGAAGUGCCCAAGCAGUUGGUCUCCUACUAUAAAUGGAAGGGGUGGCCCCCCCUGAAGCCCCCGGAAAUCAAGGCCGUGUAAUUCGGGCUGGCCUGUCCCCCUGGGUGAAGAGCUGCCUGCACCCACGCUCUCCCUGGCACACCGUGGGUGCCUGGGGCCUUGAGGUUGCACUGCUCACAGCACUUCUUUCACCUGCUUGUGCUCUGAGUCUGAUCUUUCCUGUUCCUAGACGGAAGAACUGCAAAUAUGGGGAAACCCCCACAGAAAAAUGGACCUUGUUGGUUUUCCACCUUGCAACAGUGUCACGUUGUGACACAUCACACCACCUGUCCUUGCUCUGCUGCUGGCUCUCGGAGGGGGCUGUGCCCUGAGCUGCUCACACAGCACUGCUGCGGUGCUGAGCUGGAGGGGAGAAGUGUUACACCCGUGUUCGCUGCAACAACACUUACCAUGUGCUCCUUGAUAGGUGUUUUUCUUCUGUCAAGCUACCUUGGAAAUGGGGACCCUUCUGUCCUGGAUGUGACCAAAGACUGUUGGUUGGAUGCCUGAGGUAGUUCCUUUUGUGCCUUCCUAAAGUGCCAGUAUUUUUUAUAUGUAGAGGUUUAUUUUUAAAUUUCAGUGACCAUGUUUUGCUAUCUUUUUUUAAUCACAUUUUUCUAUUAGCAAAAUUUGCUUCUGUGAUGAGCUCCUGCUUAGAGCCAUUGUUACAUCUUAAGAACAUUGCACUUUGCUUAUUUGUGGGGGAUCAGUGAGGAUUAAUCGUUAAUUAAUGGGGUGGGGUGGGAUUAAUGAGUCACAUUAGUGUGACUUUAAAAAUUCAGCAACUGGAAACACUAAAAUGAAGAUGUUUUGAGUCAUUUCUUUUUGUCACACAAGUUACAAAAUGAAGAAGUAACUAUCUGUGGAACUCCAGAGAGGUGCUUCCUUGUCCUCAGGAGUGUGAAGUGUGCAUUGCAUGGUCUGGGGACUGGAGAACAGGCACAUGACAGCAAAGCACAAUUGCUUUGAGGGAUGGGAAUUGAUGGUUCAUUUCAAAAUAGAGAUAAAGAAACCUGGGCUUGUCAUUGCACUACAAGUGGUCAUCACUUCCAGUUACAUAAAUCAAUAAUCUGCUUUGACUUACA